AUGGAGUUCUAUGAUAAUACAGUGGAUGCUUAUGCCAGAAAGGAAAUCACUCCUGUGACUUUGAGGUAUCUCUUGCACUUGGGUGAACAACAAAACAUUAUCGAAUCGGGAAGCUACUUGCAUGAAGAACUCCCAAAACGAAUGGCACGACGAUGCAAAGCUCUGCAGAACCUACCAUUCAUUGUCGGAGUCAAUCCGUGGAUACGCUCAGUUCAUAAGCUGUAUAAGGACUCUUUUGACACUUUGCAUGCCAUACCGCCAGUCAAGGAUGACGACUCUGAAGCGCACUUUUCUCAAGUAUUGCGUGCGCUUGUAGAAGAGCAUAAUGAUGUCAUACCAAAGCUGGCUAAAGGAUUUAUGGAAUGUGAAAGAUACAUGACUAAAGAAGACCGUACCGAUUUUCUGGACAAGAUGAUUAACGCUCGUAUUGGGAUACGUGUGCUGGCAGAACAUCACUUGGCCCUACGUGAAUACCAUCCAGGCUGGAUUGGUAUAGUCAACACUCGUCUGUCUCCAGCAGCUCUAGUUCGUAAAAUUGCCGAACAAGUGCAAGAAUUAUGUGAAAUCAAUUAUGGAUCGGCUCCUGAAGUCGAAUUGACGGGUCAUAUUGAUACUGUCUUUGCUUAUAUACCGGUGCAUUUGGAGUACGUCUUGACUGAAUUGCUCAAGAAUGCAUUCAGAGCCACUGUCGAGUAUAGUCAAAAGACGGAUCGAAUGGAUCAUCCUCCUAUUGAGGUGACCUUGGCUCGAGGGUCUGAAGAAAUUUCGUUUCGAGUACGAGACCAAGGUGGCGGAAUACCUCAGCAUGGCAAGUAG